AUUAAAGUGUGUGAUUUAAUAAUUUUGUCGGCACUGAAACAUAACUGUGACAUUGACACACUUACUGCUGGAGAUAUAAACACACACACACACACACGCACAUGUCCAGGAAAGAGGUUGAUGAGCAGAUGCUCAAUGUGCAGAACAAAAACAGCAGCUUUGUAGAGUGGAUCCCAAACAAUGUCAAAACCGCUGUAUGUGACAUCCCACCAAGAGGGCUUAAUAUGGCUGGCACUUUCAUUGGCAACAGCACGGCCAUCCAGGAGCUGUUCAAGCGCAUCUCUGAGCAGUUCACAGCCAUGUUCAGAAGAAAGGCUUUCCUGCAUUGGUACACAGGAGAAGGAAUGGAUGAGAUGGAGUUCACUGAGGCAGAGAGCAACAUGAAUGACCUGGUGUCUGAGUACCAGCAGGGUGACUUUGAGGAUGAGGAAGAGGAGGAGGUGGAAUAA